AUGGAUGAUGCACGUUGCUCAGAGUGUCCGGACCUGCGAGUGGCGCAGAGCCUGUGCACUUCCUGCAACAGGUGGCUGUGUUACCCGUGCACUGACCUGCACCAGCACCUCCGACCUGCGGGCCAGACCUCAGAACUGGGCCUUCUGCAAAGGUCCGGCGGUCCCGGGAUGUCUCCUGAAACCGCCAAAGGCUCUGCCUACUGUGCCCACGCUGGCGCCAUGUGCUCCCUGCACAAGCAGGAGCCUCUGGAGCUCUUCUGCGAGACGUGCGACCUCCUGACCUGCAACAGCUGCCACCUGCCUGCGCACAAGGAUCACCGGGUAGUGCAUGCUGGGAAAGCCUUGGAGGAUCAGCGCUGGCUCUUUGAGAACCUGAUGGUUCGAGCCGAGGAGAAGAGGUCUAUUCUAGAGAACACUGCCAAGCAGAUCGAGGACAGGCUGCACAGCGUAAAAGUCACGCAGAGGAGGGCCGAGAACCAGAUUAAAAUGGCAAAGAUGAUUAUGAUGAAUGAGCUUAACAAACGGGCCAACCUAUUAAUAGAGCAACUGGAGAAUGUUUCCAGUAACUUUAAGCGCCGUUUAGAGGACCAACUACAGGGGGCGAUAGAGAUGUGUAGCACAUUGGACCAGGUGCAGAACUUCAUCUCCUGGGCAACCACACAUCACCAGAGGAGCCCACUGCUCUUCAGCAAAGACCUGAUGACAUACCAGAUGCAGCAUGUUUUAGAGCCUCAGCUUCAUCUGGACUCUUGGGCGCCACUCAAAAUCAAGUUCAACUGGGACGCCAGCUUCUGGACCAAACAGAUCUCAACCUUAGGUCAGCUGACUGUUGAGGGUGGCAGCUGUUUGUUCUCCGAGAGCCUUGGUCAUCGUGGCAUCCUGCGUCCCCAGCCGGUGGCCUGCAUCGCGGUGCCCGCUCUGUGCCGUGGGAUACGGGACCCGGGUUGUGCCUACCAGUCCUGCUGCCAACCCCAGCUCUGCUGCCUGCACUGCGUGCCCCCCCAGCCCCAGCCCCAGCCCCCAGGCAAUAUGCAGGCCGGCCGGGACAAGAGCGGCCAGGAGCCUCCGAGCCCUCACCCCGUGAGCUGCGCCCACAGCCCCCCACCACCGUACCAGCCUCACCUGGGACCCACCAGGCAGAGGGCCCAGCAGACGGCCACUCGGCAGGGCGAGGGUGAUGCCAGCUCUCAGCUCCAGCUAAGUCCCACGAGUGCCUCCGCUGGAUAUUACCAGAGCCAGAGCCAGAGCACGGCCCCCCCAGCUGCCCUGGUGCCCCCUCCACAGCACCCCCAGAGGGGAGAGCAGCCCCUGGAUGGCCACGCCAAAGCCACUCCAGAGCUGCCUCAGCUGCCCCAGCCCUCGUCCAGCAGCAGCGGGGCUCCAGCCUCAGGCCCCACAGAGGCAGAGCGGGAGCUCCAGUGUGGAGCAGGGAGAUCUCCCCAUCAGGUGGAGAGGGGGAGUCCCGUGUCGCCAUCAGCGUCAGGAGAGAUCAGCGUCAAGAUGUACCAGGCUGAUGGACGUGAACAGCUGUGCAGCGACAGUGCAGCUGGCUGGGUACCCAGCGCGUUUGAGAUGUCAGCGUUGGCAGAGGGGAGCCUGGUCGAGUCCCAGAGCCUGUCCGGCGUGUCCGUAUCCAGGAAGAGGCGGUCGCAGAGAGGCUCGACGGAGCGUAGGAGCCCGUCACAGCCCUGGCCCCCAGGGGCCGCUCACAGCAUGACAACCGCUCCCAGGGACCAGGCAGGCUCAGCUGAGCAGUGUGGCGGGGCCAGAGCCCAGGAGAAGAGCGUUGGCUUGGAUGGAGUACUGAGCCGGGGAGUCCAGCCAGGUGGCAGCUCGCUCUGCCUCACCACCUACAAGACGGAGCCAGAAAAUGUUUGUGUGUACACGUAUGACAGUCCUGGACACAAGCGCAAGACAAAAUACAGGAUAGCGAGGAAGACUGCAAACAACAGCAGUAGCGAGGCAGGUGUCAGCUCUAAGGUGCCUGUGGUCUGUCUGGAGCGGCUGAAGAUCCUGGUGUCGCGAUGCCCUCCUCACGGUCACCCCCACACACCCCUCUCCCAGGACAGGGGCCUGAAACCAGUGGAGCUGAUUGGAGAGCAGGUCGCCGAGCAGGUGUCGAGAGGAGAUUUGCCACUGACCCGAGAGGAGGAUCACCCCACGGCCUCAGAGGACCAAUCCCCAGAGCCUCCUGCUGCUGCCUCGUCACCCGGCCUGAUGGAGAGUCCCUGGCUGCCCGACGGAGAUGACUGUGACUCAGAGAAAUCGCAAACACUGGAGGCGUCCUCCACUGAUCCGGAGCCUGUCAGUCUGCCUGAGUCAGAGUCAGAGCCUCAGCCGGAGACGGUCUCACUGACUGACCUGGGGUCAGAGGAUAACCUGGGCUUGGAGCCCCUGAAGGAAUGGGAUCCCAGCUCGCAGGGCGACUCGCACGCGGAAUCCGAGCUGGAGUCGGAGCAGCCGGCUGAGACGGAGCUGUCCUCUACCGCUUACUCCGAGCCGGACCUGGUGUCCGAGCCAGACUCGACCGCCGAGGUGGCUGUGCGCCUGGAGCCUGAGUCAGCCGAGCCACCUCCACCACAGGUGGAGGAGGAGGAGCAGCUCUCGUCGUCCAGCGACUCUAGCCCGCGGCCGGAGGAGGUGACUGAGCUGCUGCCUCCCGUUGAGGAGGAACAAGAGAUGCAGGAGGAGGCCGAGGUGGAGGCCGAGGAGGAGGCCGAAGAGGAGGCGGAGAUGGAGAACGAGGACUUCUGUGCCGUGUGCCUCAUCGGUGGAGAGCUGCUCUGUUGUGACCGCUGCCCUAAAGUCUACCACUUGUCCUGCCACGUGCCAUCGCUGCUCAGCUUCCCAAAUGGUGACUGGGUGUGCAGCCUGUGUCGGGACGUGCAGCAGCCCGAGGUGGAGUACGACUGUGAGAACACGCGCCUGAGCGCCGAGCUCAAGGGGAAGGCCCUGCCAUACGGCCUGUCUGCCAGCGACCUGAGGAAAUGUGAGAAGCUUACUCUGCUCAUCUUCAGCCACGCCUUGAGUGCUCCCUUCCAUGAACCUGUGAGCCCACUGGCCCGCCACUAUUAUCAGAUAAUCAAGAGGCCGAUGGACCUGUCCGUCAUCCGGGGGAAGUUGAAUAAAUCUAGCCACAUGCACUACUUCAGCCCAGAGGAGUUUGUGGCCGACGUCUUCCUCAUGUUCAGGAAUUGUGCAAAAUUUAAUUACCCGGACUCCGAGAUGGCCCAGGCCGGAUGCAGCCUGGAGGCAUUCUUCUCCACCUGCCUGAGGGAGGUCUUCCCCAGCCAGGCCUUCUCGUCCGCCGGGGUGGAGGAGUCCGACAGCGACGAGUACGAGGGCGUGGAGCCGGGACCCGUGAGGGGCUUCCCCUGGCCCGACCGGAGAGAACAGAGCCAUCGCAAGAGGAAAAGGAGGCAUUCGCUCAACAGCAGGAGGCAGCACUUCUAGCUGACGCAUGCCUGCUCAGACUGGAGGUGUUUUAGUGGGAGAUGAGCCAGACAUGGCAGGCUUUGGCUCUGCCCUAUGGAGAUCUUCACACUUCAUAUACUUCACACGUCCCGGAUGUGGAUAUAUUUUAAGUGCAUUUAACACAAGUAUUUACCGUGCUUCUCUGAGAUGAUGUAGUUUCAGCAAAUGUAAUAUGCAAUGUCGCCUGCAUUCAUGUUUUAAAACUUUAUAUGCCUUUAUAUACUGCCUUUUUAGAAACUGUUUCUUUUUUUAUUUUGACUAUAUACUGUCAGGUUCAAUAUAUUGUAUCAUGUUCUUUGCUCUGACAAAGUUGAUAUAGGUAAAUGUUGCUAUAGUUCUUUAAUAUCCAGUUAUGAACUGUCUUUUUAUGGUGGAUCAAUGGUUGCUGGCAACAGUGAAUUAGUAACAAUAUAUUAUUAUUGUUAAUUUAUAUCAUAAGUAUUUUAGAUUUUUAAGGGCGAGAUUUUGUCUCUGUUAUCUAAAUAUUUACCAUUUAUUUCAGGUUGAAUUUUUUUCUUAUGAUAUCCUAUAGAGGGCGCUGUGUCUCUAGUGAUUCCAAAAACAGCAAUGGCAUCAAGUUCACAAUGAACUUUGUGGUUGUCUGAAAGAAACGACUAAACCACCAUGCUAUAAAAGACAUUGGGCUGGUUAUUAAUAUAGAUGAACAUUGCCAGGACAUUGUUAUAUGUUGGAAUUCAAUCUGUCAAAGAUGGUAACAUUAUUUCUCAGGUUUGAUGGAAAAUGUUUCUUAUGUCUGCUAGUCUUCAAUUGGCGGAGGAGACAUACGCAGAGGAAUGAUCUGGAAACUGAGUGGAAAGGUGCCGUUACUGUUGAAGAAUCGGGGACCUUUUUGUAAUUCACCGCUUUCUCUGGCUGCAGUUUCUGUGUAGAUUAGCCUUGUUAAUGUUUCAAUCUGAUGGACAUGCUACCUGUCAUAAUAUUCCUGUAUUAGUGGCUGGAAUGUAUCAAGCUUACAAACUGAACAUAGGCCUUUACUGUUAAGAAAAUACUGGAAGGCAUUCAAAUAAAUAUAUCCUGGAUGACACUUUA